GAAGCAGAAUUCCUGUUGCAAGUGAAGCACGACUUGGACAGAAAGCUCCUACAGAUAUGCAUGCCAAGAUGUUUGCUGGCCUGUUACUGACCAUCCUUCUCAGCAUCAGCUUCUUAAGAUCUGAAUCUCAAGCAAAGGUUGUUCCAGGGCCGGGCAGGAUGCAGAGAAGUGUGGGACUUGUCCGGCGGGACUGGCCAACGCAGCUAUCUCAGGACCAGAAGCAUUUGAUCUCCCAGUUCUUGCCUCACCUCUAUGCCUCUGAACUUGCUGCUUUGGCGGAUAAUCUAAAUGAGGCCGAUACUCACUUUCCGAACUGGAUGGAUUUUGGACGACGAAGCUCUGAAGAUCAGGAUGGAGAUGCCAAAGUUAUCCUGAGACAGGAGUAAUUUGAGCCCCAGACAAACACAUGGUGGAUAGAGGCAGAAGCACAAAUUCCAAAUGGUUAUUUGAUCAUCAUUUUGUCCAUUUCCAGAUUAGGUUUUCGUGCCUAUUUGUACCAAUAAAAAA